GGCGUGCAUGUGUCAGCACUGUCAGCUGCGUUUUGAAGUUAGACUCAAUCGUUUUGUGAUAAGUUCUCUCCCUCGUAAUCUCGUGUCCGUGCCUCUCUAUUGGAAUGUCGAAUCUCAAGUUGCAUUUCGCGCUAAUUGUUAUCUUCUGCGCAUCUCUCGGCCACGCCCUGGAAUGUUACGUUUGCACGGAUCAGGAAGGCAACCGACAUAAAUGCCUGAACACCAUCAAAACCUGCGAACAGGGACAGGAUGUUUGCCUCACGGAGGUUAAAUGGGGCAGUACACCCUAUUGGUCCCAGGGUGCUAAGAAACAAUAUUACGUAUCUAAGAGAUGUGCUACUAAAAGGGAGUGUGAGAGACUACAGCGCAAUAAUAUGCCCGAUUGCACUCAUAUCUGGUAUCAAGACUGGAAGUGUUCCUCUUGCUGUCAAGGCGAUAGGUGUAACUAUUAUGUCAUUUCUGGUGGGGACGAAAGGAAAGUACAUAGAGGGAUAUUUGCCAUAACAGUUUUGAUCUUAUUGGGCGUGUCAAGAUUUCAUUCAUUCUCAGAUAAUUACUUGACGUUUUAGUGACAAAUUAAUCAAUGAAUUAAUUUCGUCACUGUAGACUGAUAUUAAUUUUAUAGUUAUACAUGCGAAAUAAUUUUAUAAUUACACAUUUGUAAAUUUUACAAUUUUGCAAAUACUGGGGAUGGACAAAAUAAUGUGAAUACCUGACUAACAGACAAUAUUUGUUAAUUAAUAAGGUGUAAGGCCACCAUUUGCUUUUAAGACAGCUGUAAUUCGUCGUGGAAUAGAUUCGUAGAGUACGGAUAGUAUCCAACGGGAUGUUUUCCCAUUCUUCCACUAACACCUCUACCUAUUGCCUCAACGAUCAUGGAGGUAGAAAUCUGCUCCUCACUCUCUGCUCCAAAACUCCCUAUAGCAGCUCGAUGAUGUUGAAAUUUGGCGAUUGUGCUGACCAGGGAAGAUGCUUGAUAAUACUCCGUUGCUCCUCGAACCAAGACUGAACUUUUUUGGCCGUGUGUACGGAUAAAUUAUUGUCUUGGAAUAUGGCAGUGUUUGGCAGCAAUAUACUGGUCACAGUAAGAACUUCAUUAUUGAGGAUGUCGAGACAUUCAUUCGUAGUAAUACGGCCAUUGAGGGUAAUAAACGGGCCAGCAGAUGCUCCUGCUAACCGAACACCCACGAUUUGACCUCUUUCAAAGUCUGACAGGUCGCCCAUUUCACCAUCCGAUUGUUAACACCGUUGUAGAACAAAGCGAGUAGUAUAUUGAAAUAUAAACUAGAACAAUUACUACAUGAAGUGCGCCACAUACACGCGCUGCACCGUUCAUAUCUUGGCAGGGGACCCAACAUAAACAAAUGUGUAAUAUUUAGCAAGGUGUUCACAUUAUUUUGUCCACCCCUUGUAUGUGAGUGUAUUUAUAUUGAUCUUUUAUUAUACACUUUUCUUUUUUAUAACAUUUCUUGCAAUAUUGAACACAUCACGGACACAUAAGCUGCCUUAGAAUAUUAUAUUUACACUUUUUUACAAUAAUUAUAACGUAAAAAUACAUAUGUAUAAUAUAUAAUAUGUAAGGUUGUAAAGGGUUGGGGGAACGCUCCUUGAAAAAAGCGCCAAUGUACAAUGCCCGAAAGGGAAUAAACAUUCUAUUCUAUUCUAUUC